AUGCAAGUGACGUCAUAUACGAGCGCCGAGGUAUCCGCCCUGUGUUAGCGCGAGCCAAAUAUUGUCGCUGAUUAGCAACACUAACACCCAAAACACGCGAGUAAGCUCUGCCUACAAAAAUGUGUAAAGUCCGAAUCCUGAGAACGUUGGUGACGCAACGGCUGAACGUGGCCGUCGAAGAGAUAUUUGAACUGUUUGAGAGGACCAUCGCGGAGUACGAGGAGGAACUUUGUCGAAGCAAAGAGGAGAGAGAACGACAACGACAACUCAUGGACGCUCUUCUCAAUCCUCAGGUUCGACUGCGCAGAGCAGACAUUCAGCAGGUGUUGAUGAAGAGUCAAGAAAAGGUUGCAGAGGUUGAGCAGGACGAGCCAGAAGAGCCCACCCACAUUAAAGAGGAAGAGCGAGAAGCGUCGAGCAGCCGGAAUGGGGAGCAGCUUCACAGGCGGGAAGAAGAAGCUAAUGUUGCCUGUUUCACAUGGGCCGGCAGCAUCCAUGUAAAGCGCGAGCAAGACAAAGAUCAGUCGUCACAGCUUCAGGGCAGUCAAAGUGACGAGAACAGAGAAGCGGCUGCGAACACGCACUCACCGGACAACAACUUCACUCCGCCAUCAGACGCGCCCGACACGAUGUCGCCGCUGUCCGAGACGGAUCGCAGCGAUGAUGCCAAAGGACCUUCGGACUCUAAAAGCGCCAAAAACGGCUUCAUCUGUCCCGAGUGCGGGAGAACGUUCGCCUAUAAGCAGACGCUGAAAAGGCACAUGAUCAUACACACGGGGGAGAAAGAUUUUGCCUGUUCAUUCUGCGCUAAACGAUUCUACAGAAAGUUUGACAUGAAGAACCACCAGGCCACGCAUGCGAGCGAGAAGCCUUUCAUCUGUGUGAUUUGCGCCAAGGGUUUCACUCUGAGGAAGUACAUGAGGAUACACAUGAAAACGCACGCGGACGCGUUACACGUGACGACGCAAGGCGACGGAAACCGCUCGGAACGCGACAAGGCGACUUUGAAGAGACGCGCGGCGACACGCGGCGGAGAGAAGCCCUUCGCCUGCUCACGUUGCCUGAAAAGUUUCAGCCGGGGUGACGACUUGAAGCUGCACAUGAGCGUACAUUUCCGCAGGAAGACGUUCAGUUGCCACGUGUGCAAUAAAAGAUUCAUCGAUCAGAAGAAUGUGAUGAUGCACAUGAGGACGCACGCGAGCGAGAAGGCAUUUGGUUGCGACGCGUGCCGACAGAGCUUCUCUUAUCGGUAUCAGCUGGACAAACACCGCUGCUUCAUAAUGGACGCCGCGGCCACGUCGACGCAUUCUGAAGUGAGGGACAAACAGGUUGAUAAGUCGAGGUGGGAAUAAUGGAUCAACGCUGUCGGGUGAAAUCUUCGCAUCUCCGAAAUUACUUCAUCGAUUUUUUUUUUUGGGGGGGAUGCUGCCGAUACCAAUCACUGAUACUAAAAACUUUUUUUUUUUUUAAUCUGACAGGUACUAAGUUGUUUUUGGCAGUAUUUGGCACUACACUGCGGCAAUUUGACACAUGGGCGAAUGAAUCCUCAUCUGUGUCAGAAAGAAUUUUUUUUGUUCACAAUUUUUUGUCUUUUUUUUUCCCCGCACAUUGUUUCCAGUUAAGUUUACGUAUUUAGAAAUAAAAUGCAUGGGCAUGACCAUUUGUGUGAGU